AUGAUACUCAAGCACAGGUCGACACUCAAAUACGCGGAUGCGGUUACGACGAUGGAGAGACAGCAGCAGCAAGAACACGCGGGCGAAUCAUGGGUCAUUAUGGAGAUCGCUGGAUCGAUGUUGGAGAACGGCACGAUCGAAGCCAAAUGA